AUGCUCAAGCUCACCAUCCUCGCCUCGCUCCCCCUUUGUCUGGCUCAACCAUUCGCAGUGAGUCCGUGGUCCGGCAGCGGUUGCGACGGUACCACAAUCUUGGCGAGCUCAGGCGGUGCUGCCGGGUCGGGCUGCGUCUUCGGCGCAUUGAACAUGACUGCGUUGGAGUCCGUGCAGAUCUCUCUGGAUAAUUGCACCAUCUUGCUGUACGCAAGCCACACAUGCGAGGGCUCUCCGGCGAUGACCACAGUGUCAAUUGCGAGUGAUAACACAGAGCGGUCGACCUUCAGACGUAGUGUACCUGGAUAG